AUGGUGACCAAAACUGUUCUUGGGGCUGAUGCGCUGGGUGUCGACGAUGAUCCACGUGUCGAGGAGGUUGAUGAUAGGCUGCUGUGCUUGCAGUUUCGGGGAAUGCAGCCGGAUUUACCAGAGCAGUAUUUGGUUGGUCGUCGCAGGCACCAGGAGAGCAGUGAUAUGUCUCCAAUGCUGGAUUCACCAAUGGAGCUAUUUCAGCUUGGAGAAGUUUAUCUGCUUCUGGAUGCGUGA